AUGAAAAGUAAAAAACACCGAACAUGGCAGAAAAUCCACGAGCCAAUUAUGCUGAAGUACCUGGAACUCUGUGUGGAUCUCCGCAAGAGUCACCUGGCAAAAGAAGGGCUGUACCAGUACAAGAAUAUUUGUCAGCAGGUGAACAUCAAAUCUUUGGAGGAUGUUGUUCGAGCCUAUUUAAAAUUAGCUGAAGAAAAAACAGAAGCAGCUAAGGAAGAAUCCCAGCAGAUGGUAUUGGACAUAGAAGACUUAGAUAACAUUCAAACUCCAGAAAGCGUUCUUUUGAGUGCUGUAAGUGGAGAAGACACUCAAGAUCGUACUGACCGACUGCUUUUGACACCCUGGGUUAAAUUUCUAUGGGAGUCCUACAGACAAUGUUUAGAUCUUCUCCGAAAUAAUUCUCGAGUAGAACGCCUGUACCAUGACAUUGCACAGCAAGCUUUUAAGUUCUGCCUGCAGUACACGCGUAAAGCCGAGUUCCGUAAGCUCUGUGAUAACCUGCGAAUGCACUUGGGGCAGAUCCAGCGUCAUCAUAACCAAAGCACAGCGAUCAACCUCAACAAUCCCGACAGUCAGUCCAUGCACUUGGAGACCAGGCUGGUGCAACUCGACAGUGCUAUUAGCAUGGAGCUGUGGCAGGAAGCUUUCAAAGCAGUGGAGGAUAUUCAUGGCUUAUUUGCGCUCUCGAAGAAACCACCAAAACCACAACUGAUGGCAAAUUACUAUCACAAAGUUUCAACUGUCUUCUGGAAAUCAGGAAAUGCUCUUUUUCAUGCAUCCACUCUUCACAGACUUUAUCACUUAUCAAGAGAAAUGCGAAAGAAUCUCACACAAGAGGAGAUGCAGAGGAUGUCUACUCGAGUCCUUCUGGCCACUCUGUCAAUCCCGAUAACUCCUGAGAGAACAGAUAUCGCUCGUCUUCUGGAUAUGGAUGGCAUCAUUGUGGAGAAACAGCGACGUCUGGCAACCCUGUUGGGUCUUCAGGCCCCACCUACGCGUGGCAGUCUCAUUAAUGAUAUGGUAAGGUUCAACGUAGUGCAAUAUGUUGUUCCAGAAGUGAAAGAACUUUACAAUUGGCUUGAGGUAGACUUUCACCCGCUCAAGUUAUGUAGCCGUGUCAGCAAGGUUCUGAACUGGGUGAAAGACCAAGCUGAAAAGGAGCCUGAACUGCAGCUGUAUGUUCCUCACCUGCAGAACAAUACCAUUCUCCGCCUCCUGCAGCAGGUGGCCCAGAUUUAUCAAAGCAUUGAAUUUUCUCGUCUGUCUACCCUGGUUCCUUUUGUUGAUGCUUUCCAGCUGGAGCGUUGUAUCGUUGAUGCAGCAAGACAUUGUGACUUACAGGUUCGCCUUGAUCAUACUACCCGGACGCUAAGUUUUGGCUCAGAUUUGAAUUACUGUACUAGAGAAGAUGCCCCGCUAGGUCCUCAGCUACAAAGCAUGCCUUCUGAGCAGAUCAGAAAUCAGUUGACUGCGAUGUCCUCCGCUCUGGCUAAGGCUCUUGCGGUCAUUAAGCCUCCUCAUUUACUGCAAGAGAAAGAAGAACAACAUCAGCUGGCAGUCACUGCCUUCUUGAAAAACUCAAGGAAGGAGCAUCAGCGUAUUCUUGCGCGUCGUCAGACUAUAGAGGAGAGAAAAGAGCGCCUUGAAAGUUUAAACAUUCAGCGAGAGAAAGAAGAACUGGAGCAACGUGAAGCAGAAUUACAAAAAGUCCGGAAAGCUGAAGAAGAGAGGCUGCGCCAGGAGGCAAAGGAGAGAGAGAAGGAGCGCAUCCUGCAAGAGCAUGAACAAAUCAAGAAGAAGACUGUUCGUGAGCGCUUGGAGCAGAUUAAGAAGACUGAACUGGGAGCCAAAGCCUUUAAAGAUAUUGAUAUUGAGGAUCUUGAAGAACUGGAUCCUGACUUCAUUAUGGCUAAACAAGUGGAACAGCUUGAAAAGGAAAAGAAGGAACUUCAGGAACGUCUGAAGAAUCAGGAGAAAAAGAUUGACUAUUUUGAAAGAGCGAAGCGCUUAGAAGAAAUUCCUUUAAUAAAGACUGCAUACGAGGAGCAAAGAGUGCAUGAUAUGGAGCUGUGGGAGCAACAGGAAGAAGAAAGGAUCACCACUUUGCAGCUGGAGCGCGAGAAAGCCCUUGAGCACAAGAACAGACUCUCAAGGAUGUUGGAGGAUAGAGAUCUAUUUGAAGCCAGGCUCAAAGCAUCACGACGAACAGUUUAUGAGGAUAAGCUCAAGCAGUUCCAGGAACGGUUAGCAGAAGAGAGGCGUAACCGUUUGGAAGAACGCAAGAAACAACGUAAAGAAGAGAGGCGCAUUACUUACUACAGAGAAAAGGAGGAAGAGGAACAAAGACUACGAGAAGAACAGCUGCUUAAAGAGCGUGAGGAAAAGGAACGCAUUGAGCGUGAGAAACGUGAGCAGGAACAGCGAGAAUACCAGGAACGUGUCAAAAAACUGGAAGAACUGGAGAAGAAGAAACGUCAAAGAGAAAUGGAGAUAGUGCGUCGUCGAGAAGAAGAAAGGAGAGGUCUGGACGACCCGUUUUCAAGAAAGGAAUCCCGUUGGGGUGACAGGGAGUCUGAAAGCUCCUGGAGAAGAGGUGGUGAGCCAGAAUCCGAGUGGCGACGAGCACCACUGGAAAGAGAUUGGCGUCGAGGAGAAGCAAGAGAAGAUGAAAGGUCCUUCCGGCGAGGGGAUGAUCUGCCUCGGCGAGGGGAUGAUCUGCCCCGACGUGGUGCUCCAGAAGAAAAAGAACGUCCUCCUACGGAAUCCACAGAGGACAAGCCACCUAGGCGUGAAGGGGACGAGGACCGGCCACCUAGGCGUGAAGGGGACGAGGACAGGCCACCCAGACGUGGGGGAAUGGAUGACGACAGGGGUCCCAGGCGGGGAAUGGAUGACGACAGAGGUCCCAGGCGGGGCAUGGAUGACGACAGGGGUCCCAGGCGGGGAUUGGAUGACGACAGGGGUCCCAGGCGGGGCAUGGAUGACGACAGGCCACCCAGGCGCGCUUUGGAUGAUGACAGGCCACCCAGGCGUGGCUUGGAUGAUGACAGAGGCAGUUGGCGCGCAGCAGAUGACGACAGAGGACCCAGGCGUGGGUUGGAUGACGACAGGCCGCCCAGACGGGCGCUGGAUGAUAACAGGACAGCCAGGCGUGGAAUGGAUGACGACAGAGGUCCCCGGCGCGGGAUGGAUGACGACAGAGGUCCCCGGCGCGGGAUGGAUGACGACAGGAUGUCAAGGCGUGACGAUGACAGGGGACCGUGGCGUAGUGCGGACGAUGACCGGCUCUCCAGGCGCGAUGAUGACAGGGGCCCGUGGCGUAGCAGUGAUGAUUCCAGGCCAGGCCCUUGGAGACCAUUUGGUAAACCAGGGGGAUGGAGAGAACGAGAAAAGGCUCGUGAGGACAGCUGGGGGCCUCCUCGAGACUCCAGACCUCCAGGAGACCGUGAAUGGGAUAGAGACAAAGAUCGUGAUGAAAAUGAAAAAGACCGGGAAUUUGACAGAGAGAGAGAUUUUGAUCGAGAUGAUCGUUUCAGACGUCCCAGGGAUGAUGCUGGUUGGAGAAGAGGACCAGCUGAGGAAACUUCCAGCUGGAGAGAUUCAAGUCGUCGUGAAGAAUGGGACAGAGGUGGUCGUGACAUGAGAGAUCGACGUCCUGAUGACAGAGAGCCACCCCCCAGGAGAGGACCACCACCCAGAUCUGACCGUGAAGAACCGAGCUCGUGGCGUCGUGCCGAUGAUAGGAGAGAAGAACGCGGAGAAGAACGCGAACCAGUUCGUCGAUCAGCUCCUGCUCCUGCUGCUCCUUCAGCUUCUGCUCCCCCGCCAGCAUCAAAAGAUCGGGAAAGAGAUGGGGAGAAGGAGAAAGGUUCCUGGAAAACAGAAAAGGAGCGUGAGCCCGUUCGCCGUACUAAAAAUGAGACAGAUGAAGAAGGGUGGACCACUGUACGACGUUAAGUGAAAACCACGGAGUUUAACCAAUGUUUUAGCUUUGAUUUGAUCGAAUCCAUGGAUUGUAUUUGUGCUUAUAAACACUCUGAAUUGGAAUUCUUUAACAAAUGUUUUGAGAUAACAUGAAAGCAUGAGCUUGAAUUACUUAAUCGUGUAGAUUGAUCAUGCACAAAACUCACAGCAGAAGGUUGGAAAUUGAAUGCCAGGUUUUGAAAUUUCAAAUGAUGCUUCUUUCGUGGGCCAUUUGUUGCUAAAAUAAAAAGAAGCAAGCCCAACAGCUGUCUUGAGUAACGCUUCUAUCUCGCACCAAAACAGGCUGACCUGUUUAUUUUUAGACUUUCUUAAUUUGAAAUGGGGUAUUAUCAACACAGAACAUGCAUUUGAAAACACCUCUGUACACACAGUGGAAUUAUUGAAAAAACAGAGCUAAAUAAAUUCCUGUAAUUAGCAAAAAAAAAG